UAUUCCAUCUCUAGCCUGCCGUUUUGUUGUUGCAAAAAAGGCGAUCGAAAAAUUUAAAAUUCCAAUCAAAUUGGAUAGUUGGGAAAUUGUUGUUCCCCCAAUAUAACCGUUAAGAUCGUAUUAAACAUAAGACUCACAGUAUAUAGGUGAAUCACUUAAUCUUGCAAGAGCCCUUGGAAAUUCGCACAGACUGGAAAAUCAAUCGCCCAUUUGUGUCUGCGUGUGUGUGUGCCUUUGUGAGGCGGCUGCACUUAAUUAAAAUAUAAGGCAAGACAACCCAUUCAAUUUUGGUAUCUUCGCGGGGCGUUGGCUUUCACCCGACGACGAGGGCACCUCGAUAAGGCGACCCAGUGAAAGCUGGCCAAGAUCUCUUUGUUCAAGGUCGUUGGCAGUCGCGGCACAUAAUGGCCAUCAGUUUCGAAAAGAAUCGGUCGCAAAUUGUGGCCGCCUGGAAGGAUGUUUUGGACGACAAGAGCGACACGAACUGGUCGCUUUUCGGUUACGAGGGUCAGACCAACGAGCUGAAGGUGGUCUCCACUGGAGAUGGCGGCGUGGAGGAGCUGAACGAAGACCUCAACAGCGGCAAGAUUAUGUACGCCUUCGUGCGCAUCGAAGACCCCAAAACGGGCCUCAACAAAUACUUACUCAUUAACUGGCAGGGCGAGGGAGCACCUGUGCUGCGCAAAGGCACCUGUGCCAACCACAUCCGCGACGUAUCCAAUCUUCUGUCCGGCGCCCACCUAACCAUCAAUGCCCGCAACGAGGACGAUAUUGAUCUGGACCGGCUGCUCAAGAAGCUGAGCACCGUGAGCUCCGCCUACAGCUUCAAGGAGCCGCGUGGCGCCAUGGAGGAGCAGAAGGCGCCGGUGGGCACCAACUACACGCGAGUCAUUCCCACCAAGGAGCUCAACGCUAGCGUCAUGCAGGAUUUCUGGAAGAAGGAGGAGGCCGAGGAGAAGUUGCGCCAAGAGGCAGAGAAGGAGGCCAAGCGAUUGGAGCUGCAGAAGUUGGAGCAAGAGCAACGCAGUCGCGAGGAGAAGGAGCAUAAGGAGCGCGAAAAGUUGGUCAUAAGCACCACCAAGCUACAGCCGGCGCACGUCCCCAUCAAAACCUCCCCGCAGCCAUUGAGUCCAGAAAAAACAGUCCCGGGAUUCUCUAACAAUCUAACCGAUGCGGAGCGCAUGCGUCAGGCGAGGAACCAGGAGGCUCGCGAAUUGAUUGGCUCGCGUGUGGGAGCCGCCAAGGCCAUGUUUACUAAGCACACCAGCGAAGGUCAGCUGCAGUCCAAGCUUAACACGCAACCGCCGGCGAAACCAGCUCGCAAUUCGAUUGCCCAGCGCAUUAAUGUCUUUAACCAGAAUCAGCCUCAAGAUGCACCUGUGCCUUCACCACCACGCGCUGUGUCCCCUGCCAAACCACUGCCCACGGAGACUCCCGCACCAGUUGCUCCUCCAGCCGCACCUGCUGCUCCCGUAGCCGCCGAAGUUGUUUCCACCAUAGCCGAAGUGGAGGAGACCCAGCCAAUAGACGACCUACCGCUGGCCCACGAAAGCGAACAGUUCUCCACCAUCAAACGGUCGCCACACAGUAAAACCAACUCGCUGCAGUCGCAGUCACCGGAUGAGACCACUUCCUCCAAUGAGACGGACACUGCUGUGUACCAGGAUCAGGAGGAAGAGGUCCGCACCAAGGUGUCGGUCACCGUGCAGCAAUCGCAGUCAGCCAAGUCGAGCGGACUGAGCACACUGGAAAGGAAUGCACUGACGGAUUUGGUGAACGAGGACGACUUCAUUUGCCAGGAGACCCUCGGCGAUCUGGGACUGCGAGCCCGAGCUUUGUACGAUUACCAGGCUGCCGACGAGUCGGAGAUCACCUUCGAUCCGGGCGAUGUCAUUACGCAUAUCGAUCAAAUCGAUGAGGGAUGGUGGCAGGGCCUCGGCCCUGAUGGAACCUAUGGACUUUUUCCGGCAAACUAUGUCGAGAUCAUUAACUAGGAAGCGACCCAAGUGCCAAGCAGCUGGGACGCCCACUUUUGCUAGAUAUCUACACCAACGCAGCUAGCCUCUAUAUAUUUUGGAUCCGGACUAUAGCUACUUAAACACUUUAACCCUACUCUUGAACAAUAAUGCGAUACACCUAAAGGAGAUUCAACGAUGACUAAAUGCGACUAUAAGAUUUUUAUCGUACAUCACGCGUCUGUUUUUUAUCUACAUACAUAUUAUAUAACGUAUAAUCCAUGCCACAUACGCGACCCAUUCAUACGUUGUUCCCAUCUGUAUACAUACCUAUUAUAUAUCAUUGUUUGGCCUCGUUAGCCGAGGCCGUGUUGCGUCCUUUUAAAAUGUUCUUAAGACACAUACGAAGUAACCACUUAGUCAGUAUUUAAGGCCCGCUCCAUUCCCGAUCCCCGGGGUUCUUUUGUAUAUGUAUUAUUGAUUGAGAUUUGUAACCUUUUCGAUAAUAAACUUUGAUAUUUGUGCAACCGAAAA